AUGACUAUUCACAUCAAGAAUCUCAAAGUUCGCCAGCGAAAGGCUGCUGCCACGGUGAUGUGCGCACCACAACUACACGCCAUGUUGGGAUGCUGGGCAGCAAGCGGGGAUCUGCAGUCAACAGGUAAAUGCGCGCAAGCAGCCGAGAGUCUGUUCCAGUGCAUGCGAACGACACCAAUGCCCAAGAAGAGCCACAGACCAACGAUUAACUACCACCUUGCCAGACUUGGAAAGAGAAUUCAAUAG